UCGUCCCCAUGUUUCCUACAAUAUUACGAGUGCGUGCAGAGAAAGGGGAGGGAUGUAGCUUUCUCCGUUCAUUCUUCGCAGCACCUCUUUCUAGUGCCUCGCCAUUUGUUUUUGGGGAAGAACUUUAAACAUGUCCGGAUUACUGGCGAUUGGGGCCCGAUCAUUGGGCAAGGGUGGUAACCUAUUGGAGGCAGCCACUCGAAGCACAUCUGUCGUAGCUUCGUCUUCUCUUCAUACUUCAAGUCCAGUUCAAGACGAGGUGAACUGGGUUCAGAAACGAUGGGAGAUUCCAGAGCGACUCCGCGAGAUCCCGGAGGCGGAGAACCCGAACUUCUUCAACAUGGUGGAAUACUAUUUCCACAAGGCUUGUCUUUUGGCUGAACCCAAGCUCAUGGACAGCCUCCAUCGAAUGAGAAACGUAAAUGAAGAGGACAAGAGGAAAAAAGUCCAUGGAAUCUUGAAGAUCAUCGAGCCUUGCUCUCACGUUCUCGAGGUCAACUUUCCUCUCCAAAGAGACGACGGAAGCAUUCAAAUGAUUACUGGCUAUCGAGCCCAACACUCUCAUCAUCGAAGUCCGUGCAAGGGAGGAAUUCGUUUCUCCAUGGACGUGAACUCUGAUGAGGUCAAGGCUUUGGCGGCUCUAAUGACCUAUAAAUGCGCUUGCGUGGAUGUCCCAUUUGGCGGAGGAAAGGCUGGCCUGAAACUGGACCCCAAGGCUUAUUCCGACAAUGAACUGGAGAAGAUCACUCGCCGAUUUGCCAUGGAAUUGGCCAAAAAGGGAUUCCUUGGACCCGGUAUUGAUGUCCCAGCUCCCGACAUGGGAACAGGCGAGAGAGAGAUGUCUUGGAUUGCAGACACUUAUGCCAACACUAUUGGUUACUCUGAAAUGAAUGCGUCGGCUUGCAUCACUGGCAAACCCAUUCACCAGGGAGGUAUUCACGGCAGAACUUCUGCCACAGGACGCGGAGUUUUCCAUGGAUUAGAGAACUUCAUCAAUGAGGCACAAUACAUGGCUAUGAUUGGCAACACCCCCGGAUGGGGUGGCAAGACCUUCAUUGUCCAAGGCUUGGGCAAUGUUGGUUUUCAUUCCAUGCGUUACCUCCAUCGCGCCGGAGCGCGUUGCAUCGGCAUCGUGGAGUGGGAUGGAGCUAUCUUCAACCCCGAGGGCUUGGAUCCUAAGAGUCUUGAGGAAUACAAGACCAAGAACGGCACAAUUGUGGGUUACCCAGGAGCUCAGGCCUAUGGUGGUGAAAAGAACGAUCUGAUGUACGAGGAAUGCGAUAUCUUGAUCCCGGCCGCUAUGGAGAAGUGAAUCCACUCUGGAAAUGCCGGCAAAAUCAAGGCCAAAAUUAUCGCAGAAGCUGCCAAUGGACCCAUUACCCCCAAAGCCGACGCUAUCCUCCGAGAAAACGGCUGCCUCAUCAUCCCCGACAUGUACGUGAACGCCGGUGGUGUCACCGUGUCCUACUUUGAAUGGCUCAAGAAUCUGAACCAUGUCUCCUACGGGCGUUUGACCUUCAAGUACGAGCGCGAAUCAAACUACCACCUCCUCAAGUCCGUCCAAGACUCCUUGGAGCGGCGAUUUGGACGUGUGGGCGGUACCAUUGACGUGACCCCCUCACCCGAAUUUGCUAGCCGCAUGUCUGGUGCGUCUGAGAAGGACAUUGUUCACUCGGGUCUGGAUUACUCCAUGGAACGCACAGCUCGCGCCAUUAUGAACACGGCCAUCGACUACGAUUUGGGCUUGGACCUGCGCACGGCUGCCUAUAUCAACUCUAUCCGCAAGAUCUUCAAGACUUACCGCGAUGCCGGUCUCACAUUCAACUGAUGCGUUGAUCACUCUCUGAGUAAUCUAAAUUUGAUCGAAUUUGUUGGUUGUUGACUCUAAAUUUUAUCCUGAAUAAAUAUGUAAAAAAUGGA